CUGUGCAUUUCGCUGACUCAUGUCGUAUGGUGUGUAUAAAAGCCCCGGACGUGCAAACUUCCCACAUCGAGAGAUACCACAGUCUACAACAGCAGAACAGUUCUACUCCGGAUAAAUACACGGUCAUAAUCAUGGGCAAGUCCUGGGUGUUGGCGAAGGAGUUCGAGGGGAAUCCCACGGAGGCUAAUUUCCGUCAGAUCGACGAGCAAGUGUCGGCUCCAAAACAAGGAGAGUUCGUGUGUGAGGCGAUAUGUCUGACUGUUGAUCCAUACAUGAGAACCGUCAUGGCUGGGUCGAGUAUUGGUAAAGUGCUGAUGGGAGAACAGGUCGCAAGGGUAACGGAGAGCAAGAACCCCGAGUACCCUGUUGGGUCGGUAGUCCAGGGUUACUUUGGAUGGAGGAGCAGGGCGUUGGUUAACCCCAAAGAGAACCCCGAUGCACUCAAGAUACAUAAAGUUCCCGACCUCGGUGGCAAAGACCCAUCCAUUGCUCUUGGAGUCUUGGGAAUGACAGGAGUGACGGCGUAUCUAGGUUUUCUGGACGUGUGUCAACCCAAAGCUGGGGAUGUCGUUUUUGUUAAUGGAGCGGCAGGUGCAGUGGGCAGUGUGGUUGGACAGAUCGCCAAGAUCAAGGGCUGCACGGUGAUUGGGUCUGCCGGAACCAAGCAGAAGUGUGACUGGUUAAAGAGUCUUGGAUUCGAUCAGGUGUUCAACUAUAAGGAAACAAAACUGGACGAUGCUCUCAAGGCUUGCGCACCAAAGGGAAUCGACUGUUUCUAUGACAACGUCGGUGGUGAGGCCUCCUACAACGUGCUCCAGCACAUGAACAACUAUGGGCGGAUGUGCGUGUGUGGCGCCAUGUCCACCUACACCACCGACAAGGAACAGCCCAUGAUGCCGUCACCAUUCUUUACCGUUCUCGUAAAGAGGCUAAAAGUACAGGGAUUCGUUAUCUUCGACUGGAACUCCAAAUUUGAAGCGAGUAGAGCAGAGCUGCUCAAAUGGGUAAAUGAGGGAAAACUCAAGUACAAGGAGACGAUCCAUAAAGGGUUUGACAACAUGCCAAAGGCAUUCGCGUCCCUGUUCACAGGAGCUAGCCAAGGGAAGAUGAUCGUGAAGGUUUAGGUCCAUCUUUAUCAACACUUGCACUGCCAUGAGAAGCAGGAGGAGGUGCCGUAGAAUAAUGGUUAUAAUCGUUCGCUUGUUUCAUUCCUCGUGUCCCCGCCCCCAUGCCUGAUGUCGCUGGGGUGCUGAUAUACGCGGUGUCCGUCAUCUAUUUCCUUGAGACACGUAACCCCACUCUGAUUUAUGUUUAUUCUCCUCGUUUUUAUUGCAAGGUAUCCACUUUAUCCACUUAUCUGUCCAUUGUAGUUAAAAUACUUAUGAAGGUCGUAGAAGACUAUACUAAUAUGGUACAAACAUACAUUUUGGAUGAUACAUUUUGCUAGAUUUCUAUACAAAGGACAUUAGAUUAAUUUGAACAUACGAAAAUUCGGUUAUUCUUUUACUUGUUUUGAGUAGUAUAUAUUGCAGGUCACGUCGGGUUAAAUAUAGUCAUAUGAAGAAAAUCGGAUGUCUUUUAAUUUUGGUAUCUAUUGGCUAAUCUUUAGUAUCUCCUAUGAAUCUUACAAGAUCCUCACCAAGGUGUAAUACAUUAGGUACACCAAUGGAAUGUCUGAACAAUGUCUGAACAAACCAAACAUCUCAUCUCAUGUGUUCUUCUGUGAUCAUCUUUCAUGGUUGAUCUAUUUUCAGGGUAUAUUUGUAUGCACACAAUCUGUUGCUAUGUCAGUACUUGUGAUGACAUAUUUGUCAGUGAUUCACAUCUUUAUCCAAUAAACGUUUGUUUUCCUA